AUGACCUGGGAUCAAAAUAUUCUCCGGUCUCGCUUCUGCAAUGCUCUGUCUGAGAUGUAUAAGAGCGAAGUCCCUCUUUACGGAAGCUUGAUCGAUGUGGUUUGGGAGGCAGACGCAAAAACAGUCCAAGAUAGCCAGAAGCUUGGAGGUCUGCAGGCCGUUGACCCAGAUGAUGUUCUUCCCUCGCGACAUAGAGUUGAAAGACACGGUGCCAUCCGACUGGGUACGGCAUAUGAGCUGGCCACGAUCCGUCGCAUGUUCGCCGUCAUGGGCAUGUACCCCGUUGGCUACUACGAUCUUAGUUUGGCAGGAUUUCCUAUGCAUGCUACGGCUUUCCGGCCCAAGACCCAAGAAGCUCUGGCUCAGAACCCCUUCCGCGUCUUCACGACAGUGCUACGCAUGGAGCUUUUGACUGAGAAGACGAGAAAUUUGGCGCAGAGAGCUCUAAAACAAAGAGACCUCUUCACACCUAGACUAUUUGAGCUUCUCGAUCAUGCUGAAACCAAAGGUAGCUUGACACAAGAAGAGUGUACGGAGUUUAUUGCCAACGGCUUAGAGACAUUCCGGUGGCAUUCAAAAGCGACCGUCACCUUGGACGAAUACAAAAUACUCAAAGCCGAACAUCCCUUGAUUGCCGACAUUGUGUCUUUUCCCAGCUCUCACAUUAAUCAUCUCACACCUCGCACAAUUGACAUAGAUCUAGUACAACAGCUGAUGCUAGAUCACGGCAUGCCUGCUAAGGAGCGCAUCGAAGGCCCCCCAAAACGGUCUUGCCCAAUUCUGUUGCGACAAACCAGCUUCAAGGCAUUAGAGGAGACCGUCUACUUCCGAGAUGCAUCAGACACGUUCAUAAAAGGCUCACAUACAGCUCGCUUUGGAGAGGUAGAGCAACGGGGCUACGCGUUAACCCGCGAAGGACGGCAACUAUACGAUCACAUCCUCAACCGAGUCAACGCAGAGGCUACUAAGCAAGGAAUCACUGGCGCAAAUUACGACAAGCUCUUGGUAGAGCACUUUGCAGUCUUUCCGGACACCUUAUCAGCACUCCAUGAUAAGAAUCUAGCAUACUUUUGCUACGGCUUGACACCAACUGGAGAGCGAAUCGCAAAGGAUAGUACCCCAGAAGCAUUAGAACUAGGAGAUUCAACGGUCUCUAUUUCCGAAUUGCUAAAGAAAGACAUUGUGAGCUACGAGCCUUUGACCUACGAGGAUUUUCUGCCAUUGUCUGCUGGUGGCAUCUUCAACUCCAAUCUAGGAAAUGGAAAUGAGUCCCAGUCCAAGCAGCUCAUCAUGAACGCAGACCCGGAUCUCGAUGGGUUUCAGCGAUGCCUCGGGACACAAGUGGCGGAUGAAUUUCAUCUUUAUGCUGAAAUGCAGAGGGAGUCCCUGGAAAGCUGUCGGACGCAACUGCAAUUGAAGAAAAUCACACUGUAG